AUGCUAAAGUUCCUCGCAAACAAAUUACCAAACACAGGCAUGGACUUUGCCGUCUGGGACUGGUCCAAACCCGAAUUAUACGGAAUAGUACUUGGAAUGUUGGCCAAACUCGACCUUUCGGGCACUUUGGGAAUACGCAAAUCAGAAAUGCUAGACUUCAUAAUAGACGUCGAGAAGGGCUAUUACGCUACUUCUUACCACUCAUUCUACCACGCUGUCGAUGUGGUAGCUGUAUUAUACUACAUGCUGACUGAUUUGGGUGUUCAGAAAUAUUUGACCAGCCUCGACUGUGUGGCUUUGCUAAUCGCUGGACUUUGUCAUGACAUUGGCCAUCCCGGUCUAAACAACGUCUACCAGGUCAACGCAAAAACACAUCUUGCAAAACGCUACAACGAUCAAUCAGUCCUCGAAAACUAUUCGUGCGACCUCACCGACGACUUGAUAACAAAACACAAUCUCUUUGCCAACGUCCAUCUUCGCCCUUCCGAAUACACUGAAGCUUCACUCCGCCAACUCGUCAGAAAAACCAUCCUCGCAACUGACAUGGCUUUCCACUUUGGUCUGCUAGUAGAAAUGAACUCUAUGUUUGAACAAGCAUGCUCAUCCGAAGACUCGGAAGAAGAAUUUGACAACAGCUGCCCUGCAAGUUCAAACGGAUCAGUAUCUUCUUCGCCGAUAUCGCCAUCCCCAUUAUCAUCCACUUCUUCAAUAGAAUCUUUCUUCACUUCAUUACCGUACCCGAACCUCAUAACUCUCGAUGUUAAUCAACGAGAACUCCUCUGCAAAGUACUCCUCCAUGCUGCCGACCUUAGCAAUACCGUUAGACCGUGGGACAUUUCAAAGCGAUGGUCGGAUUUGGUGGUGGAGGAAUUCUUUCAUCAAGGCGACCUCGAAAAGAACAACAACUUGCCCGUAUCUCCAAACAUGGACAGAGAACAAGCACAUCAGUGUCAGAUUAGUCUCAGAUUCGGUGAUUUUGUGGUUAAGCCUUAUUUCGAAGCAUUCGCUGCUUUUGUACAUCCGGCUAAAAUAUUCUUGGACACUUUAAAGAACAAUCGUGCUUAUUGGGAUGAAUUGAAAAAUAAUAGCACAAUUAAAGACGAUUCCGUCACAAAAACCAUCACCACUGAAGGACUAUAUGGAGUUAAUGGGGAUUCGGAUUCGGAUGAUGGAAUAGACGAUCAUUAUCGCUGGCCAACGAGAAGGAAAUCGGCAGGCCUGAGCAGUUCCAAGAAACACAGUAGUAUUAAUGAUAAUUAUACAAACAAUGACGAUGAGCGAAGUAGUUCAUUGGAUCAUAAUAUGAUUAAGCAGAUUAGUGCCUUGUAUGGUAAUGGGAGUAAUGCCGAGCAGCGAGUUGUUCUUGCUGGUAGUUAG